UGCACACUUGCGAAAAUUAAGAAUUAGUAAGAAUUCCAUUUCUAAAUCUCAACCAAAUACUCUGUUUCCUUCUCUCUGUCCGUUGUGCUCCAUUUCGCACUCCUUUUCUCCUCUCUUUCUGUCACACGAAGACACAGAUUAUUCGAUUGUAAUCAAAUGCUGAGGAACUCCCAAACUGGCUUCGGGCAAUUCCAGAUUCACACUUCACUGUGAGCUUAGUAUACUGCUGGUGAUUCUGUUGAACACCCAUGUCUUCCACCUAUAGUCCUUGUCGUAGCCCAGGAAGUUCGAGGAUACAGUUAAUUGGCGUCGGGGGUGUUUCGAGGUUGAGAUCUUCGUCACUCAAGAAGGUACCGGAACCGUUGCGGAGAGCCGUCGCUGACUGUCUCUCCUCGUCAUUGGCCACUUCAUACCAGGGCAGCCCCUUUUCCGCUGUGGUCAAUGAAGCUGCCAGGACUCUUCGGGAUUAUCUGGCAGCUCCUGCAACCAUAGACUUGGCUUAUAAUGUGAUUCUCGAACAUACUGUUGCGGAGAGGGAGCGCAGUCCUGCAGUAGUCACAAGGUGCGUGGCACUUCUGAAACGGUAUCUUCUAAGAUACAAACCGAGUGAGGAGACAUUGCUUCAGAUAGAUCGAUUCUGUUCAAACAUAAUUGCUGAAUGUGAUCUUAACUUGAAUCGACCAUGGUCGCGAUCUUUAAAUCCACAGUCUGGCUCACCAACAUCUACAAAUAUAUCUCCUUUGCCUGUAUCUAGCUUUGCUUCUGAGGCAUUAGUGAAGUCACUGAGUUAUGUUCGUUCCCUUGUGGCUCAACACAUCCCAAAACGGUAUUUUCAACCAGCUGCAUUUGCUGGAGCACCUUCUUCAUCUGGACAAUCUCUGCCAUCGUUGUCAUCUUUGCUAAGUAAAUCCUUCAAAACCCAAUUAUCUCCAGUGAGUGCUCCAGAAGCAUUAGACAAGGAUUCAAUUGCUUCAUCUGCUUCAAAGUUAUCAAAAAUUGAAACUAUUGUUGAAAAUGAUGAACUUGAAUUCAUUGCCCCUGAUGUACUAAAAUGGCGCUGGCAACAUCCAUCAUUGGCAUCAUCAGAAAAUGAUCAUGCUGUGAAUUCUCAAGAUAUGAGGGCAUAUAAUUUCUUAGAAGUAGGCGCAGCGGCAUUACUCGUGGGAAAUGUUGAAUCUAAGAUGAAAGGGCAACCAUGGAAAAUUUUUGGAACUGAUGAUAUGCCCUACUUGGAUCAACUUUUGCAGUCUUCCCCAGUAACACCAAUUACUAAUUCUGCAUCUUCUGGUCCCCACUUGAGAGCAAUCACAGCAUCAAAACGCAGUAAACCAGGCCCUCGUCAGAUUUGGGAGGAUUCUCCUAUGAGUACAUUCCGUCCUCGAGCUCGACAGCUCUUCCAGUAUCGUCAUUACAGUGAGCAACAACCUUUGCGGCUGAAUCCUGCUGAGGUACGUGAAGUUAUUGCUGCAGUUUGCUCAGAGUCUUCCUCACCGAAUACGAAUGUAGUAACAGUGACAAGAAGACUAGGCAAUACCAGUGGAAAUCCAUCCAUGGAUGUGGCUGUGAGCGUCCUCAUUAAACUAGUUAUUGACAUGUAUGUUCUAGAUUCUCGGACAGCUGCUCCUCUCACUCUCUCUAUGCUUGAGGAGAUGCUCAGUUCUUCUAAAACAGCUUGCAGGAUUCGUGCUUUUGAUUUGAUUUUAAACCUUGGGGUUCAUGCUCAUCUUUUAGAACCUAUGAUGGCUGAUGAUGCUUCUGCAAUUGAAGAAGAUUAUUCUCAAGAGCCCUACUUUGAUGACUCCCAACUUAUGGCCCAAGGAAGCAGAAAAGCAAAUUCUUGCAACAUUAACAUUUCCCCUGCAAUUGAGAAUUUUGAGAGUUGGAUUUUAAAUAUUUUAUAUGAGAUACUACUUCUUCUUGUCCAGAAUGAGGAGGAGGAGGAAUCUGUAUGGGCAUCUGCACUUAGCUGUUUGCUUUAUUUUGUAUGUGAUAGAGGAAGGAUCUGGAGAAAUCGAUUGCAAGGUCUUGAUAUAAGGGUGAUCAAGGCACUUAUAGAAAUCAGCUGGAAGAAUUCUUGGGCAGAAUUAGUUCAUUGUAAGCUUAUUUCUUUGUUAACCAACAUGUUUUAUCAGGUUCCUGAUGAAGCCACUGAUGCUGUACCGAGCACGCCUAAGUUUCUUGUGGAUCAGCUUGAUCUGAUUGGAGGAGUUCAAUUUAUUUUAAUUGGGUAUUCCCUUGCAAACUCAAGUGAAGAGAGGAGAAAUUUGUAUUCGGUGCUUUUUGACUAUGUUCUUCAUCAAAUAAAUGAAACAUGUAUAGCUACAGGAGUCAACGAAUAUAGUGAUGAUGAGAUUCAACCUCUUGCUGUGUUGCUUGCUCAAACUAAUGCAGCCGAGGCAUUUUAUAUAUCUGUUAAACUAGGGGUAGAAGGCAUUGGUGAAAUUUUGAGAAGGUCAAUAGCAUCUGCGCUGUCCAGAUAUCCUAACAGUGAACGAUUAAAUAUGCUCUUGGAGAUCGUAGCAGAGAAAUUUGAUGUAAUAAUAAGUUCAUUCACUCAUUUGGACAAAGAGUUCUCUUAUAUGAUUCAGAUGACGAAAUCACACAAAUUUCUGGAACAUAUCGAAGGCGUGGCUCUAAGAAAUGGUGUUGGUCUGAAGGCAAAGCUCUCAUGGACCACUUUACACUCCCUUCUUCACUCUGAAAGAAUGGCUUGCCGUCAAAAUGGUUAUAUAUGGUUAGGUGAUCUGCUUAUUGCUGAAAUUAGUGGGGGAAGGGGUGGAAGUAUAUGGUCAAAUAUCAAACACUUCCUGCAGAAAAUUGCUGAUCCUGGAAUUCAGGAUUCUUCAGAUGCACCAGAUGUACCUUUGCCUAUAUCACUUAUGUGUGGACUUUUAAAGUCAAAACACAACUUUAUUCGAUGGGGGUUCCUGUUUGUUCUUGAAAGGCUUCUUAUGAGAUGCAAAUUUUUGUUAGAUGAGUAUGAAAUGCAGCAUGUUAGCAGCACUGAUGGGCCUGAGCAGAAAGAUUGGCAUCUAGAGAAAGCCAAUGCUGUGAUAGACAUAAUGAGCAAGGCUUUGGGGCUGGUGUUUCAGAUAAAUGAGACUGACCGUAUCAAUAUUCUAAAAAUGUGCGAUAUUCUAUUCUCACAAUUGUGCCUUAGAGUUCCGCCUGCAGCAGCACUGUCCUUUGGAGAUGAUAUGCAAAUUGACAGAAGUUUAAAAUGCCUGAGUCAAAAUAAGAAGUUGGAUGGUGAUAAUCGACUCCUCAGACAAGAUACUUUUCAAUGGGAUGAACUUAACAAGGAAGAAGUUGACCCAAGAUCCAGCUACUCUAAUAGCUUCUAUCUGGAUCACGAAACUGCAUCGAUGGCAGCACUUCUUCUAAAAGGGCGAGCCAUUGUCCCAAUGCAAUUGAUUGCCCGUGUUCCUGCUGCCUUGCUAUACUGGCCAUUAAUCCAACUGGCUGGAGCAGCAACUGACAAUAUUGCAUUGGGUGUUGCUGUCGGAAGUAAAGGAAGGGGAAACCUUCCUGGUGCUACAUCAGAUAUUCGAGCCACCCUUCUCCUACUUCUUAUUGGUAAAUGCACUGCAGAUCCUCCUGCUUUCCAGGAAGUUGGUCACGAACAAUUUUUUAGAAUCCUUCUUUCGUGCAGGGAACUCUUGGAUGACACAGAUUCCAGGGUAGCAUAUUACACUUCUGCUUUUCUUCUGAAGCGAAUGAUGACUGAGAAACCUGAAAAAUAUCAACAUAUGCUUCAGAAUCUUGUUGUCAGAGCACAGCAGAGCAACAAUGAAAAAUUGUUGGAGAAUCCAUACCUUCAAAUGCGUGGAAUAAUUCAAUUGGCAAAUGACCUUGGAAUUGACUUGUGAUCUUGCUCGACCUGGCUUUCUGGGGGGUAAUAUUUAUUGAUUUGGAGUGGUGCAGAAGUUUGAGCAUUAAUGGGAGUUGAAGCUCUGGAUCUUUCAUCAUCUAUCAUUCAAUUGAUGUGAUUGACACACCUAUAUCCAG